AUGGGUGAUUCAGUUAUGUCUACUUCUUCAGCAACAAAAAAUGCGGUACGAUAUGAAUUACCUUGGGUUGAGAAGUAUAGACCGGUAGUACUUGAUGAUGUGGUUGGAAAUGAAGAAACAGUCGAUCGUUUAAAAGUGAUAGCUGAAGAUGGCAAUAUGCCUCAUCUGAUUAUUUCGGGAAUGCCAGGAAUCGGUAAAACUACUUCCAUCAUCUGCUUGGCAAAUAUGCUCUUGGGUUCAGCCUGUCGAGAGGGAAUACUAGAACUUAAUGCAUCGGAUGAGAGAGGUAUAGACGUUGUUAGAAACAAAAUAAAAGGAUUUGCCCAGAAAAAGGUGAUUCUUCCGCCAGGUCGUCACAAAAUAAUCAUCCUCGAUGAAGCAGAUAGUAUGACGGCAGGCGCACAGCAAGCUUUACGAAGAACAAUGGAGAUUUAUAGCAACACGACAAGAUUUGCUCUAGCCUGCAAUCAAUCCAACAAAAUUAUUGAGCCCAUCCAAUCUCGUUGUGCUAUUUUGAGAUACUCGAGGUUAACAGAACAACAAGUCUUGCAGCGUUUGCUUGAAAUAUGUAAAUUGGAAAAUGUAACAUAUACGGAUGAUGGUAUGGCCGCUCUUAUUAUGACUGCAGAAGGUGAUAUGCGACAGGCCGUCAACAAUUUACAAAGCACAGUGUCGGGCUUCGACUUAGUCAACGGGGAAAAUGUCUUUCGGGUGGCAGACCAGCCGUCUCCUGUAGCCAUCUAUGCGAUUCUUCAAGCUUGUCAUUCUGGCGACAUCGAUACGGCUUUGGCAAAGCUGAAAGACGUAUGGGGCCUUGGCUACAGUGCAGUGGACAUCGUCACAAACAUGUUUCGUGUUGUGAAAACAAUGAAUGAGAUACCAGAAUUUAGUCGGUUGGAAAUGCUUAAGGAAAUUGGAACUACGCAUAUGAUUGUUUUGGAAGGAGUACAGACAUUGCUUCAAUUGAGUGCGCUUGUCUGUCGUCUAGCCAAAUCACAAAUGAAUCAACAGGCAUUUGUGAUAUAA